AUGAUUGAAGAAGACUGGAAUGCGGAGAUAGGGGACGAGGCGUUAUUCCCAUCCCUUGCGAAGGUUAGCUUGCUUGAGAAACCGAAUGAUCCCUCAUCUGUCUUCAGUCGAAGUGUAGACUCAUUUGCUACUGAUGAAUUUGUGGGCACACAGCAUCAGUCAGUGAGUAGUUUUGGUAGAGGAAGGAAUUUUGCAGCCAAAGGUUUUCAAGAGGAAAAUGGAGAAGAUCGCAAUGCUGCAGGUGGUGCUAGUACACAGAACAGAGGUUUUAAAGGAUUUCGUGGUGGCUUUGGACAAGGUUUUCAAGAACGAAACACUGUUGAUGGUGCUAGUACGCAAAAGAGAGGUUUUAAAGGAUUUCGUGGUGGCUUUGGACAAGAUACUAAGGAUGGACAAAGGGGUAUGCCUCAGUCUAAAGCUCUCAGCUUUAGAGGAAGAGUAUCUCCAGCGGAUGAUGCAGGUUUUCAAGAGGAAAAUGGAGAAGAUGCCAUUACACAAAACAGAGGGUUUAAAGGAUUUGGACAAGGUUUUCAAGAACGCAAUGCUGUAGGUGGUGCUAGUACACAGAACAGAGGUUUUAAAGGAUUUCGUGGUGGCUUUGGACAAGGUACUAAAGGUGGGCAAAGGAACACGCUGCAGUUGGGCACUCCUGGUUCUAGAGAAGGAGGAACACUUGCAGAUGGUGCAGGUCCAAAGGUGACUUAUGUGCCCCCUCCUCCACCUGAUGAUGAACAAGCCAUCUUUGCACGUUAUCAGACAGGAAUUAAUUUUGACAAGUAUGAUGAAAACAUCGUUGAAGUAUCAGGACUAGACCCUCCAGCAGCAUUAAUGAGUUUUGCAGAUACUAAUAUGUGUCAUACUUUAACUGUGAACAUCGCUAAAGCUGGAUACUCUAAACCUACUCCAGUGCAGAAGUACAGCAUUCCUAUUAUACUGGCAGGACGGGAUUUAAUGGCAUGUGCUCAGACAGGAUCAGGAAAAACUGCAGCCUUUCUUGUACCAGUUGUGGCCCAAAUGAUGAGGGAUGGUGUAACUGCCAGUAGCUUUAAAGAGCAGCAAGAACCGGAAUGUAUUAUUACUGCCCCAACUAGAGAACUGAUAAAUCAGAUCUUCCUAGAAGCAAGAAAAUUCGUGUAUGGAACUUGUAUAAGGCCUGUUGUGAUCUAUGGAGGCACACAAACAGAUUAUUCAAUUCGUCAGGUAAAGCAAGGCUGUAAUAUACUGUGUGCCACUCCAGGAAGGCUUCUAGACAUCAUUGAAAGAGGAAAGAUUGGUUUACAUAAUGUGAAAUACUUGGUGCUAGAUGAAGCAGACCGCAUGCUUGAUAUGGGUUUUGGUGCAGAUAUGAAGAAGCUGGUAUCUUUCCCAGACAUGCCACAAAAAGACAAACGCCAAACACUGAUGUUUAGUGCCACUUUUCCUGAAGAAGUUCAGAGGCUAGCUGGUGAAUUUUUGAAAACUGAUUUUUUGUUUGUUGUUGUCGGACAUGUGGGUGGAGCAUGCAGUGAUGUUCAGCAAAAUAUUCUUCAAGUUUCUCAGUAUUUCAAGAGGGAUAAACUGAUAGAAAUUCUACACAGCAUAGGUAAUGAACGAACCUUGGUCUUUGUGGACACAAAGAAAAAAGCAGAUUUCAUUGCAUGCUUUCUUUGUCAAGAAAACAUACCAGCCACUAGUAUCCAUGGAGAUAGAGAACAGAGAGAGAGAGAAAUAGCUCUUCGGGAUUUUCGUUCUGGAAAAUGUCCAGUUCUUGUGGCAACCUCAGUGGCAGCAAGAGGUCUGGACAUUGAAAGUGUCCAGCAUGUUAUUAAUUUUGAUCUUCCUUCCACCAUUGAAGAAUAUGUACACCGAAUUGGGCGAACUGGUCGUUGUGGAAAUACAGGGAAGGCAGUUGGCUUCUUUGAUAACAAUUCAGAUGGUCAUCUUGCACAACCUCUAAUUAAAGUGCUUUCAGAUGCUCAGCAGGAAGUACCUGUUUGGUUGACGGAAGUUGCUUUUGAGGCUGAAGGGGGACGACUCCCAAUUAAUACCCAAAAGAAUUUCAGAGGCAGAGGCAAAGCGAAUGCAGGAGAAGUAAAGAUCGGGUGUUCUGCAAGAGAAAUUGAGUCAUGGGAUUAAACUUCUACUGCUAAACUAGGUUGUACUCUGUUGUGCUGUAAGUGAAAUGUUGCAUGAGAAGAUAAUCUUGUGAAGACCUAGUUUGGAAAGGAGCUUUAUGUAAGGGUUUGCC